CCACUCAUUUCUACCCAAGAAGAGAAGCUUACCCUCCUCUACCCGACCGCUUUAUUCACACAUCCUCUUUCAAAAAACAUGCCCUCGGCAAUCCUUUUCACAAGCCGUCAAAGAACCUACACCGCAAACGCCCUCGUCCUCUUCGCCGCCCACGGCACCCUCCUCUCCACCGGCAUCCACCUCCUCUACGCCUACACUACCCAACUCCCAACAACUUCCUUGAAUCUUCUCUCGCUCGUCCCUGCUUUAGAAAUUAUCACCUUCUACUGCUUUCCGCUCUUCACAUCCUUCCUUUGCUCUCUGCUCCCAACAGCCUUCUUCAACAUCUUAUCCGCCCGAUCCAAACACUUCCAUAUCCUCGCCGCCAGCGCAACCGCAGCAGCAUGUCCCCUCAUUCUCCCGCAUCUCCCAGCCACGUUCUUAGCCACUUUACUGGUUAGGGGUGUACUCAUGGGGAGUUCGUUGGGUUAUGUCCGCGGUACCACACUUCGCCUGCUCGCUGCACAUUACAAACACGACAUCGCGCUCGCCAGUCUCCAAGCUGCAUUCUGGGGCUGCUGCGGAGGCGCCGUAUUGAACCUGGGAAUCUGGGCCUACCUUAGCACCGAGAACAUUAUUGCCGCGAGCGUAGUAGAAGGCGUUGUUAUAGCCAUCUCGCUAUUCUCCGCGUGGGCAUUACUUGUCUCUUCUCCCCUACCGCCAUCCCCAUCUUCCCCUUAUACAAUCUCGUCUCCCAACAAUUACCCCAGAAUUAGAAUGAGCGCCAACGCUUGGAUUCUUGUCGUGUCUAUAAUCGCUCUAUCGCCUUCGAUUCACACGCUCCCAGUGUACCUCCCCCUCGUGCUAACCUCUACACCGUUGACAUAUCAAACAUACCCCACAACACCAAUCCUUAUCCUCUCUGUCGCCCUCGUAGCUGCUGUUAUACCAGCUGCAUACUUCCCCUCGGAGAAUACGCGGACAUUUCGUCUUGGUCCGCUGGAUACACUCCUGCUAUCCACACUCUUGACUUCGCUGUCCAUUCUUUGCGUGGCUUUUUCGCCUCUGUCACGGUCUUUUCCUCUUGUUGUGGUCUCGGUACUGCUCUGGGGGCUAAGUGUUGGCGGGGUGAUGGCUAUUUGGGGCUAUGUUCCUUGUGUUUUUCUUGGGGGUGGGCGGAGAGGGUGGGAAGUUGUUAGUGCUGGGAUUGGAAUUGGGGGUGCUGUUGGGGUUUUGGGGGUUGCUGCCGCAUUGGAGAAGGGGGGUGGUAUUGAGAAGGUUUUUGGGUGCGUUGGGGGAAUUGGGCUGGUGGUUGUGGGAGGUGCGGUCACGGUUGUGAGAUGGAGGGUUUGUAGGGGGAGUGGGAGGGGUUGGUUGGUGGUCAUUUGA